AUGACUCCAAUAGCCGCAUACCUGGAAAAGGGCGUUUUACCCGAUGACAAGAUAGAAGCAAUAAAGCUGCGACAACGAGCCGCCCGAUAUGUCAUGUACGAUCAAAGGUUGUAUCGCAGAAGUUUUAGUCAACCGCUCCUCAAAUGCAUUGACGGGGAAGAUUGCGACUACAUACUACAUGAGGUACAUGGGGGAAUUUGUGGCAAUCAUACAGGGGGUAACUCCCUUGUAUUAAAAAUCAUGCGACAAGGGUAUUACUGGCCAACCUUGCGACAGGAUGCUUUCGCUUUUGCGAAGAAAUGCGACAAGUGUCAGCGAAUAGCCACAUAUACCCACCAACCUUCGAACAAUGGAAAGCAGUUCAAUUGUAAAGAGAUGCGACAAUUAUGUGACGAUCUUGGCAUUAAGAAAGCAUUCUCCGCAAUUGCUUACCCACAAAGCAACAGACAGACUGAAGUUGUUAAUAAAAAAAUAAAGCACACCAUUAAAGGGAAACUAGAAGAACGCAAGGGGACUUGA